CCCAAAAUGUAAUUCUGUUUGCGCCCCCUCGUUCGCGUCAAUUGUUUACACACAUUUUCAUAAAUAACAGCCAACAAUCGCGGCCUAAAUGUGCAAGGAGCGGUUCGGGCCAAACUUGAAGCUGUUCCCCACCGAACUCACGUGAUACGAGCCCUGUGCGUGCGCCCGCGACCACGCACAUGGAGCAGCAACAGGCGACGCCGCCAAAGAAGCGCAGGCACAGCGAGUACCACGAUCCCGAUUAUCACCAGUCGGAUGUUCCUCCCAGCCAGGAUGAGGAUGAAACUGGGAGCCAGGAGAGUGACCCGUCACUCCAAAGGAAGCGACCCAAAGUGGAGCAGACGGAGGAGCUUCCUCCUCCCGCUGACAAACUGCAGCGCAUCCGGGAGCUCCUGCGUCUGGAGUUCCAAAGGGAAAUCACCCAAAAGGUGGAGCAGCUGGCCGAGAUCGACCGACGACUGCUGCAGGGGCGCCAGUUGCUGGACAAGCUGCGCUACCAGGUGGUCAGCGAGUACUACCGCAAGCAACAGGUUCCCCUCACCGCCGCCGACGUGGCCAAGGUGCGCGGCGAUAGCCUAUUUUCGGACGAUGUGUCCGCCCCCCAGCUGCCCCUGCAUCCGGCCAUCAAGAAGAUCGUUGGCAAGCGCCCGGUUCCCAUCCAGAAUCAUCUCCCAGAGCGCACGGCGGCCACCUUGGCCAAGCAAACCAUUAGGCUCAGGAAUCCGGCCCAUCGACGGGCGGAAAGGAGGCGUCAGCAGAAGAUUAAAGAGCAGGGAAUCGUUACCGAUCACUCCAAGGACAAGGAACCUCCCAUUCCCGUCAAGCUGGAGGAGGAACAGCCCUGCACCAGUCGCCAGGCCCACGAAAGGCAACUGGAGCUGAAUGCCUCGCGGCUGAACAACAAGAACAAGUUCAAUUUCGUCGUGGGCAACACCUCCAAGUACAUUGGCGAGGGUUCCCGAGCGAAGACCACAAAUGGGCAGGCUCUGAUCUACAAGUGGUUGGUCUACGUACAAGGCAAAGGGCUUCCCCAACCACUGGGAACGUACAUUAAGAAGGUGCGUUUUCACCUGCAUCAUUCCUACCGACCCAACGACAUUGUGGACGUGCACAGUCCUCCGUUUCAGCUAAAUCGACGUGGCUGGGGCGAGUUCCCCAUGCGCAUCCAGCUCUUCUUUCAGGAUCACUUGCAGCAGAAGCCCGUGCAGCUGAUGCACACGGUGGUGCUGGACAAAACCAUGUGUGGUUUGCAUACGAUGGGAGCAGAAACAACUGUGGAAAUCUGGCUAAGAGCGGAGCAGGCAUUGACGAAGCGGAAAAGUGUAAAGCCUGCACUCCCUGCUUCUCCGGUGGCUGCUCCUCCUCCAUUAGAACCUGCAGCCUUUGCCACUCCCCUUGAAUCCUGCAAGCCGCGUACCAUUUCCAUCACUCAAAACAAGGAGGAACUGGAUGACAAUCUGUUUGCGGGCAUCAACAAAAUCGAACUGAGCGACGACAUCGAGCAGAUUGAACCGACGGUUCUGGUAUCGGAGCCCCUGAAGCUGAGCUACAGUCCCAGAAAGCCGCCAUCGACGCCUCCGCGGGCGCAGCUUCGUUUAAAUGCGGCUCCGGUGAGCGCAUCUCGACCUUCGGUGGUUUAUUUGCCUGUGAAUGGCAGGAGUCCCAGGCAGGAAUCUUUGCCGGGGAGGAGGCAACUGGAGUUCUCGCCGGUGAAGCAGGAAACCUCGCCGGAGAGGCCACCCAUAAAGCCAGUGCGCAAUGGCCAGAAUGGCCAGAAGAAUGUGGUUUUCCAGAGAGCAGGCAAGCUGUACAUCAUCGAUCCUCUACAGCGGAAGCUCAAGCAGGCUGCCAAGCAACAAUCGCUGCUGAAACCGCAACUGAGUCUUCUGAAACCGCCAUCUCUAACGCGCUGGCAUCUGCUACAGUGCAUGCAGCAUGACCAUGGCUAUGCCAACAUGAGUGGCGCGGUUGAGGAGAAGCUAUCAUAUAUUUCGCAUUCAGUUGUGGAAGCAACUCAACAUGCGCGACCUCGAAGGCUGGAGCAGAUCUUUGGCAGCGCCCAGUUCCGAAAUAUGCGCAGUGCCGUGGAGUUCCUCCUGCGGCGACUGCCGCUAACAGCGAUGGAUCAAAAGAAGGAGUAUCCUUUUACCUGUAAUACCCUCGAUGAGUUCCACAAGUUGACUGCCCUGAAGCAGCGGUGUUUUGAAUACCUGCGGGCCCGCCUCCUGCGUCGCUGUCUCAUGCAGCAUCACAAGCUGCAGCAGCUGGAUGUCAGUGGCAAGGAGCACUAUUGGAGUCUGCGUGAGAUUGUGGGUUUUGCCAGGGUCCAUGGCUACACGCCGCCUCUCAAGGUCGUCCUGCCCAGCUUGGAGAAGAAGCGGAAGAGGAAGCUGGAGGCCGAGGAGCAACUUGCUCAAAGGGUGCAGGCGCAAUUGAAAGGCGAGCCGCAGCCGCAGCUCUCCGCCUAUUGUAGUCUAACCUCAGGCAAUCGUCUGGAUGCUUGGAUAGCCAAACAAACGCAACGGCUACUGGGACACGAUCAAAAGAUGCGGGACAAGGAGUUCAUAGAUGUGCUGGGCGUGGAUAAACCUCAUUCGCAAGCCUCCAAAGAGGUUCAAUUAACGAGAAGAUCCCUCCAAACGGUGAGCAAUCGUCAACUGCUCUAUUUGCCUCCACCGAAGCACUUGGAUUCGGCCUUGCAGCUGGUUCAGGAAAUGUGCAAGGACAUCAAUAUCAGCCUGGAGCCCGAGGAAUCUCCGCCAGGCGUCUCCCAGCCAGUGGCGCUCACCGUGCUCGGCCAGGUGCUGCGCACCUUUGUAGAGCGUUUGGUUCGCCGUUCCCUGGCGGCCAAGCUGCAGCACGAGACCUUGGAACAGCUCCCCCUGGCGGCGGUGGGAAAUACUCCGUUGUGCCUGCAGCCCCAGGACAUCGGCCGUGUCAUUCGCCAGUACUCCGAGCUGGACUUCCUGGGUAACACCCAUCUGGGUGUUUCUCCCCUGGAGCCGCAAACCUAAUGGUCAGUUGCCAUAGUUUUGAAUUUAUUUUUUAUCAAGUGCGCGUAAUAGUUCAAAUUCUACUGGGAUAUUAGUCGAUAUCUACUUAGUCUCUUGUACUCGUUAGUAAGCAUAAGGUUAAGCAAUAAAUUAAUUAAAUUAAAAUACAGAAAAAAUAAA